AUCGGUUGUCAUCGAGUCAGUGUGAAAUGUUAUGUUGAUAUGAUUGACAGCAACUUUUUUCUAUUAAAUUUUACUUUUAUUACUCAUAUAUAUAUUAAAAAAAAAUGUAUUUGAGUACUUGGUGUUUGUUGAUUAUUUUAUUCAGCGGAUUGUCUCAUGUUACUGGAGCUCAAAAAAUCGCUGUAUUGAACAGAAACGCCAGAUGGACGGGAAGAAUAGUAAACGGUGAAAAAGCGACGUAUGCACAAUUUCCGUUUAUAGCUUCUCUGCAGAAAAGGUGGACUAUUGUACAACAUUUUUGCGGGGCGAGUAUCAUUACUGAUAGAUGGGUUUUAACUGCUGCUCACUGUGUAGUAAGAGAUAAAUCACUAGUGCCACAAUGGGGACUCGUUGUUGUUGCAGGUGAGACUAACAUAUACACAUAUCAUUCAUUUCACCGGCAAAUUCGAAAUGCUGACCAGCUUGUUGUCAAUCCCCGGUUUGAUAUGAGAAGUCUUGCCAAUGACAUCGCUUUAAUAUCCCUACAAUCCCCGUUUGUAUUUUCAACAUCCUUACAGCCGAUUCCACUGUCAAAGUCAACGCCAUCAGCAGGAACAAACUGUACUGUCGCAGGUUGGGGACACCUUGCAGAGAAUAACAGAAGCUCCGUUGACGAAUUAAUGUACGUGCAUUUACCGAUAAUUAGUUAUGACUACUGUGGCAAAUUACUGUGGGGGAUCGUAAACAUGCAUCCAAGCAUAAUUUGCGCUGGAUACAUAGAAGGAGGAAAAGACGCGUGUCAGGGUGAUUCCGGAGGACCGCUUGUAUGCGGAGAUCUGUUGGUUGGAAUCGUAUCAGGCGGAAGAGGAUGCGCAAGACCGAAAUUGCCCGGUUUUUAUACCAAUGUUGCGUAUUAUAAAAGGUGGAUUGACCAAGUAUUGAGAAGUAAUGGGAAAAACCACUCGUAUAAUGGCUUCAAUAGACAUCCAGCUAGUGCCUUGGCUGCUAGUAUUAGUGCUGGCCUCGUUUACAUUUUAUCUUGUCCAUUAGUCAUUGUAUAUCUGCAGGAUAUUAUUAAAAUAUAAUUUAUAUUCAUGAAAAAUUUUUUAUAAUUUAUUUACUGUUGGGAUGAAUGGUAGCCC